CCAAGUUGUCACUGGCGUUUCAGAGAGAGAAAAAACACUCGUCCAGAAACAGCAAACAUUCAUCUGAGAGUCUGUAAUGCAAAAGGUUGAAGGAUACACAGCUCUGUUCAAUUCUGGAGAAUCAGUAACAGCAAGUUGACAAGAUACCACCUAUCACAACGGAAGUAAUUUACUUAACUGGCGGGAGACUACCUCUGAGGCUCCCAAUGGAUGAUGAAGAGGAGGACAUGUCUCUUCAGCGUCCUGUCUCCCAGUGCUGGGGCACCCCCUUCAGGGACAUCAAGUUCCACGACAGAGACAGCAGGGACAGAGAAGACACCCAGGACAGGUCUACACAGACGUCGACCGGACCCAACGCCAUCGUCCCACGGUCAGAGGAACACAACAUCAUGGUACCACAACGCCACAACAACAACAACUUUCCCUGCGGGGUGCAGGACAAUCUCCAGGGCAGAAUACUGUUCCACGGCAACGCUGGAUUCCGCUUGCACUUCCCAGCUCGGUUCGAGCCCAUGGACGAUCGGGGAGAGAGGCAGAACGAGGAGGGAAGGAGGGAGGACGAGGAGAGGAGGAGAAUGGAGGAGAGGCCAGAGGAAGAGCGGGUGGAGGAUAGCGCCGAGGCGAGGAUCGGACGUAAGCUCCGGGAGAUCGGAGACCAGUUCCACCAGGAACAUGUUCAACUGUUCCUGCGGCAUCAGAGGGAUGUCCUACCAGUCUGGAUUCGUCUGACCAUGGCCCUCUACGGCUUCCUGUUUAACAGAGAAGCCCCUGCUGUACCCCACCUGAGAGGACAGGAGAGAUGAGGAGGAGGGGGGGGGGGUACCCCCUUCCAAAACCCUCCACCCACCUCGGGUGUCUCCUCUCGCCUCCCCCCGUCCCCGAAAACGAGGGACCAGACUUGUAGAUGGCACUGUAUGAUGGAACACGGGUUUGGAUUUCUUUUUGUUUUUAAUCAAAGACGACGAAGAAGAGAACGAUAGUCACUGCUGGACGGAGAUUAGAAUCACGUUCCUUCUCUCUCUCUUCUCCUCUUUCUUCAUGAUGAUGAUGAUGAUGAUGAUGAAGAAGCCAUGCUGUUUGAAGAUAUAAAUAUUUUCUAAAAUAUAUAUAACUAUUUAGUACAGUAGAUAGCAUCUUUUUGGUUUGGUUUGAAAACACGCCAAAAGGAAAUGGACAAGAAGCACGGGAUGAAAUGUAAAGAGAAAUCCCUUAAAGAAAACACCAUUGUGGACAUGGAAGGUCUUGUGGACAUGGAAGGUCUUGUGGACAUGGAAGGUCUUGUGGACAUGGAAGGUCUUGUGGACAUGGAAGGUCGUGAAAUUCUUGUGGAAAUUCUUGGAAGGUCUUAUGAAGUUCUACUCACCCACCCACCACGAUCUUACCAACAGGCACAUUUUUCCAAUGUAUUUUCUGAAGAAUACAAAACUCCCUGUAACUAAAUAUUUUUCACUGUUCCACACUGAUAUAUAUAUAUGAAAAAUAUAAUGUCAUAAAGAUUCUGUGGUGGUUUUGCCAAGACAAGUGUGGUCUUAAGACAUGUCUUGUUGAUCUCCGGUGUAGACUGAGAGAGUGUCUUUAUCCUGUGUCUUUUGGUAAUACCAGCCGACAGCAGUUGGUUUUAACAUUUAGUCUGAAUGAGAUGAAUGGCAGGUUCAUUUUUUGAUUGACAGUAUGAAUGUAUGUGUACUUAAAGAUUCUAAGACUUAGGUCUGCAAUGUAUUCAUUCAAUCAAGCAAUCUGACUUUGAUUGAAAGUGUUUAGUGUGAAUAGGCAUUUGUCGUCCGUGAAACCAAAAAAUCCCCCCCCCCCCCAAAAAAAUUGCAAGCGUAAAAUUUGUUUUGUCGGAGUUGAGGACUUUACUUCUGUGGGAAAAGCUUUUUUUGGGGGGGGUGAACCUAUCGUUAUGAAGAUGUAUUUAUCCGUCUGGAUUGACAAUCACAACCAACAGACCCGACCAACAGACCCGACCAACAGAUCCGACCAACAGACCCAGUGAUUUUGAUGCAGUUCUAUCUGUUGCGUUAUGAGUCUGCUGUGAAAAGGGCAAAUAAAAGUUGUUGUACAAUCAAUGAAUUUGGAGCAAUACUGUAUCGACUAACCAGUGGAAGGCACUAAAACCUUAGGGAUCUAUUGCAGUUACAAUCAAAUUGUCAUUCAUGGAAGAACCGCUCGUUUUUUUUUUUAAACAAAUCAAUCAAUCAAUCAAUGAAGUUCAUCUUCACACGUGACAACGUCACUCAGUUCAAUGAAAUACAUUUCACAUUUUACUCUGCUCUCUCGUCACAAUCUUAGCGUGAAUCACUUUGGCUUCAACUCCCAUACACAGAUACAAUUGCCAUGUAUACAAACAUGAGUAAAUCCACAAUAGAUCGUUUUGUUUUUUUGUAUUUCUUACUGAGGACUCCACAGCAACAGUUCUAGUGAGUCUUUACCGACGCUAUUACCUUCUCCAUAUGCACCCAUGUUACCUUCUCCAUAUGCACCCAUGUUACCUUCUCUAUAUGCACCCAUGUUACCUUCUCCAUAUGCACCCAUGGCCUAGAAUCUGUGUAUGUGAAGGUGGCCUCAUUUAGAUCAUGCUGCGUCUCUAGGAAAUAAACCAACGACCACUGCUUUUCAAACUGGAGUUUUAUUUCAGAGUUCUUUUACUACUACAAGUUCUUAGUCGAGUACAAUUUUAAAAGUGGUUUUAACAUUUUUUUUAAAGUGGUUUUAAAGAUGAUGAUAUUAACAAAAGACAGGAUUUUUUUUUUUUUAUUAAUGUGAAGAAGAAGAAGAAAAAUCAUUGUGAUUUGAAUAUAUUUGAUGACGACACUGAUGGGGUUUCUCUCUUUUUUAUAGUUUUUAUUUAUUUUAAUUUUUUAUAUAUUCUUCAGGGAGUAGUUGUUCAGUCACAUGCCCCACCACACUGAGGGUUUUUAUUCUACCUUAACAAAAUGAAAAUAUGCAAAUUCCUAUUAAUAACAAACUUUUGCAUGUGUUGCUCUACCCAAUAUAGAACCACAUGACGACAUCUGAUCGACAGGCUUGUUUCACAAAUGGCACCCUAUUCUCUAAUAUAGUGCACUACUUUUGACCAGCUUGGAUCAGAACUAGUGCACUAUAUAAGGCAUAGGAUACAAUUUGGGUCUCACAAGCCAUGUUCUUUGAUGGUUAUCGGUGACAUCAUUGACCACAGACACUUCUGUUUUGACAGAAAGUUGCCUGCAAACCACUGAAUGCUGAGCCAGUUGAAGUAGCUCUUUCUCUUUCUCCUCUUCCUCUUCAAUCACCAGCUACUCCCUGGACCUUCUAGAAUAGUUUUUUUUGUUUUUUUACAUUUUUGUUUUUGUUUUUGUUGAAGUAAUUUAUUCUAAUUGUUUUUUUAUUUUUUUCACUCAGUGCUACUGUAUAGCUAUCGGGAUGUACACCGUUUCUUCUCCUAGUUGAUGGAACAGUCAGUCAGUAACAGUACUGUGUGUUAGUGUCCUAAAUGGAACCCUAUUCCCUAUGUAAGUGUGUUACUUUUGACCAGAAAAUAGUGUACCGUUGGGGACUCGGCCUGUGUGUUAGCUGGGCCUGUGGGUUGGGAGGACAGACGGACUAAUGUGUCUUUAUACUAAGCUGUGUAUGGGUCUUUUAGGAGACACACCAACCAGCAGACAAUCAAAUGUACUAAAUGUGCCUUGUGAGUAUGAGACCAGCCACACCAACAAUCAUCCAUCACAGCCAUCUGGUCAUGGUUACCCAGUGGUCACAGCUCUCCUAGUUCAGUCUGGUCAUGGUUAUCUAUAGAAUGGUGGUCACAGUUCUCCUAGUUCAGUCUGGUCAUCAGUCUAAAGGCUCAGCUGUGACACAUCUAUAGCACAGUAGCUGCCUGGUUGAUCAUAUGUGUGUCCCAAAACGUCACUAUGUAGUAAAGAUAUGUGUCCCAAAUUGCACCCUAUUCUCUAUUUAGGGUACUACAUUUGACCAGGGCCCAUAGGGAAUAGGGUACCAUUUGACCAGGGCCCAUAGGGAAUAGGGUGCCAUUUGACCAGGGCCCAUAGGGAAUAGGGUGCCAUUUGACCAGGGCCCAUAGGGAAUAGGGUGCCAUUUGACCAGGGCCCAUAGGGAAUAGGGUGCCAUUUGACCAGGGCCUAUAGGGAAUAGGGUGCCAUUUGACCGGGGCCCAUAGAGAAUAGGGUGCCAUUUGACCGGGGCCCAUAGGGAAUAGGGUGCCAUUUGACCAGGGCCCAUAUAGAAUAGGGUGCCAUUUGACCAGGGCCUAUAGAGAAUAGGGUGCCAUUUGACCAGGGCCCAUAUAGAAUAGGGUGCCAUUUGACCAGGGCCCAUAGAGAAUAGGGUGCCAUUUGACCAGGGCCCAUAUAGAAUAGGGUGCCAUUUGACCAGGACCCAAUGGGAAUAGGGUGCCAUUUCGGACACAACCAUAUCCACCCUCUAGGGCACAUGCCUAAUCUAUGACCUUUUAACCCUGACCCCUCUCAACACACACACACACACUCCCGGCUCAUCACCCUAAAACUCAAAUAUCCAAAAGACUGUUGACAAUCAACGUGCACUGGAAAGGUAAUGUUGUUAUAUGCACCCACUCUUCAGACUCCUGUACUGAACCUCCUCUAUAUCCAUUUGUCUUUAAGAUCUGUUGUAUGCUGGCUCGGCCUAGCUCGACAAGACUAGCUUUUCUGUGUCCCAAAUGGCACCUAUUCAACAUUUUAUAGUGCACUACUUUUGACCGGGUCUCAAAUGGCACCCAUAGGGCUCUGAUCAAAAGUAGUGUACUAUAUAGAAAAUAAGGUGCCGUUUGUGACCACGACCUAGUAGCGAUUGUAGGAUGAGGGUACAUGGAGUGAGUGAGCCACCACGGCGUCCAGUAUUAUUUUGUAAGUAGGAGGGGUUGUGUGGGUCAUCCUAUGGGUUGGUGUUGACGUCAAAUCCAUAAGAACCAACCAUUGUCUCAACCCUCCUUCGAGGUUAAAACUUAUAAUGAUACCUUCAGUAUCUUGAAUAUCAAGUUUUUUUUUUUUAUUCAUUCGGUUUUUUGAAUUUCCCAAGAAAGAGUGAAUCUUAACUGUUAAGUGCUGUGAUUUAUUUGUGUUUUUAUAUCAACAAACAAAACAGUUCGCUGCAGCUAAUUCUUAACUUGUUAACUUUCUAAGCGGGAAAAAAAACUUUUGUAUACUUUUGUAAAAAAACAAAACAAAUGUAACAAUGAAGUCCGAAAACAUGAUUUUUUUUUAAAGAUCGCUUUUUAAAUGUUGUGACAUGCUUUUUGGUUUUCACCAAAAAUAAAUCUGCUGUGUCGUUCUCAGUUCAAGGGCUGUUUUUGAUAUUUGAUCAUUCUGUAUAUGGAGUAAAAAUGCAUGUCCCAGCAUUCCUGAAAUCUGUGUUUGAAUGUAAAUGAAUUGAGAGGAAAAAACAUGUCUCUUUUUAAAUACUAUAUGAACUGAAACAGUGUGAACUUCCAUCUAACUCCUGCUCUGUUGAAUUGGGACUCUCUCUUUAGCAUUGCCUUCAUAUCACAUCCUUCUAGAACACAUCAUUAGAGCUCUCAGAACCAUCUUCAAAUAUCACAUCAUUCUAGAACACGUCAUUAGAGCUCUCAGAACCAUCUUCAAAUAUCACAUCAUUCUAGAACACGUCAUUAGAGCUCUCAGAACCAUCUUCAAAUAUCACAUCCUUCUAGAACAUGUCAUUAGAGCUCUCAGAACUGUCUCAAGGUUUCCACAUCGGUCGGGGCGGUGUGUUUUAUGAAGGAAGGACCAGUCUAAAUGUAGCAGAAUGUUCUGUCCAAAAUGGCACCCUAUGUAGUCCACUACUUUUGACCAGAGCUCUAUGGGCCCUAGUCAAAAGUAGUACAUAACAUAGGGAGCCAUUUGCGUUGCAGGCGGUGUUAUGAGACGCUUCUGAGAGCCCUGCACGGUUUUCAAACCGCGUGAAACAUAAGGGGAAAGAGAGGGGGAACGAGGGAGAUACAUGUUUGUCUAGUGCAAUAUGCUGUACAUAAAGAGCUUGGCUCUACAAAAUCCACAUCUUACAUUUUUCUCUAAUGAAAUGUAGUUUUCUUGUUCAAUGGGUACAUUGCUGUCUUUUUCAUUAAAAUGUUCUGAAAGUUUCAAAA